GGUUUUUUAAGGCUGCUGAUUUAUUAUAAAUAGAAGAAGAAUAAUUCGGGGCGGCAGUCGAUAAAAAGGCGGGUGUGACAAGGUCAGGGGGCGACACAGUGGCCGUACUCCGCUGUGACGGUGCAGGAUACUCCCAUUCAACUUGCAUUCCCACCCUUGUCAUCUCUCGUCAGUGGCGUCGGUGUCUCCUCUCUUUCCUGCCACACCCUCCUUCUCCUAGAUCCCAAACACUCGGAAGACCACACCAAGUUGUUCUCUCCUUCUAAACCUUGGAGUUAGAUCGAGUGCUCUCGAGGGAGAGGAGGGAGAUUUGGUCCUGAGGAGGAGGGCUUGGGCGUAGAUGGAAGUUCAGGUGACCGGAGCGUGCUCGCCGUUGUCACACCUGUCGCCCACCAACUCUCUGACCGCCUUCCAGGUCGCCUUCGGCUUGCCUUUCGGCUCCAGCAAGCGGAAGGGCGCGGCCGCCCGUGGCUGCGACUGCGUCCUCACUCCGCCCGUCCUGGGCGCCCCCUCGCCCAGGCUGUCGAGGGCCAGGUCGCUGGAGAUUCUCUGGGGGAGAGGAAGACGAGCCCAGGAGCAAGCCCUGCGACGCGCCUUCAGCGUCGAUCGUUUCGCAAGUGAUGGUGACGACGAUGAGGUUGAGGAGGAGGAGUUUGUGCAGAGGUUUGAGGAACUGCCCCUCGAGCUCCGACAGCAUCAGCGAGAUGGCAACGAGGACUCGGUGGUGGCUUGUUCCGAGUCGUGGUCGAGUCAGGAAGGCGUUGCUUUGCCCACCUCUGCGUGCUUUAGCUCUGAUACGAGCCCCGUGACUUUUCCUCUGCCCUUAUCGAGGAAGCAACAGCCGUCGACGGAGCGUCCGUGGCUGCCCUUCCGGCCGGAGCCGCCGGACUGGUCCGAUCAGAUCGUGCCGGCGAGUGUGGAGAUGAACGCGAACAGCGUGGAGCUACCGCUGUCGUUGCGGAUCAUAAAGCGGAAGAAGCAGUGCGAGGACAGGUGGUUCCGGGAGGCGGGCGGGACGGCCUGCUGCUCCGUGAAGCGGGCCUUCUCGUCCAUGGUGUUCAUGAUCCGCGAGCUCCAGAGCUACACGCUCCAGAUGCGGGAGGUGCUCUUCCGCGAGGACCUCCAGGGGAUCCUGGCGCGGGUGCAGCGUGAGAUGAACUCCUCCUUCGUCUGGCUCUUCCAGCAGAUCUUCUCGUGCACCCCGACGCUCAUGCUCUCCGUAAUGCUCCUCCUUGCCAACUUCACUGUCUACUCCAUGGACAACCUCGACGGCGCCGCCGCCACGGCCACGCCCAAACCACCGACCCAACAGUCGCUGUUCGAGACGGUCAUGGUGGAGGACCAUCGUCAGAGUCAUCACGAACGCUACCUCGUCGUCAAAACAAUAUCUUCCAUCCUCGGAGGGAGCGGCGUGGGCGGCGGAGGGAAGACGAGGCCAGUGGCGGGGGCCACGGGCGACGGGCGAUCGGAUGACAAAUCCUCCUCGGACCAGACGAUCCUUCCCGACAGUGUCUCGAAGGCUCCCGGGGCGCUGAACGCGGAGGAGGGGGGAGAAAGAGGCAAGGGAGAGGGCGCGUCGGCAACGGCGCCGUCGAGGGCGGAGGAAGAGGUGUCGAGGGCUUGGAAAGGGAUACUUGAGGAAGUAUCGAGGAUGCAAGCGAGCACGAGGGACGCAGCGCUCAUGGACCCGGCGACGCUGCGGCUGUUCGUCUCGCCCGUGGCGGUCGAGCUGGAGCACGACGACUACUCGGAGUACCUGCGGACGGAGUUCAUGUACCAGCAGGCCCUCUCGCAGGACCCGGAUAACGCGCUUCUGCUCGCCAACUUUGCUCAGUUCCUCUAUCUCGUCCGCCACGAUCACGACAGGGCGGAGUACUACUUCAAGAGGGCGGCGAAGUCGGUGCCGGCGGACGCGGAGGCGUUGAGUCGGUACGCGACUUUCUUGUGGCUGUCGAGGAAGGACCUUGAGGCGGCGGAGGAGACCUACCUGGAAGCCAUCGACGCCGAUCCUGGCAACACCUUCCACGCCGCCAACUACGCCCAUUUCCUGUGGAACACGGGCGGCGAGGACACCUGCUAUCCCCUGGACGACGGCAACGGCGACGACGACGCGUUCUAGCACCACAAACUCAGCAGUAACAAUGGCGACCACAACAACAGCACAAUGUCACGACCACAGCGAAAAGUAGAGGACCAGAAAGCAAAACACGCCAAGGAAAAGAAGUGGGUUGACGAUUUCAAGGCCGUCGGGCGGGGAAGAAGAAGAAGAAGGAACUCUUCUCUCGACAGUCGCCUCUGUCUGUCAUCAUGAUGCGAAGUGACAUAAUUUGGCAAGUAGCGAGUGGGGAAUCGCGUGCAUCCAAAACUAGCAUUGCCUCUUCGAGGAAGCUGAUGCGAAGAACGAAGAGCAAGUUGCACGCUGGUGCUGCAGAAUACAAGAGAAGCCCAUGUUCUCAAUCAGGUGGCCUCCCUCCAUUGUCGAUCUACUACUGCACCACCAUCGCUUUUCGUGACGCUCAGCUCACCUCUCGACGCAGUCGAUGCGCUCUCGAUGUGCUCUCAUAGCCACACGUUGUUCGCUCAGACCCUUAUUAUUGGCCAACAAAUAAUGCUAUAUAUAUAUAUAUAUA